CAUCAAACGUCUAAGAAAAAUAACAUGGCCUUCUACAGCUCUCUCUUUAUCGGUCUCUUUGCUCUUCUUCUUGUUAGAUCUUCCAAAGUUACAUGCGAAGAAACAGUUUCAGUUUCACCAACUAUUGACAUUUCAAUCAAUCGCAACACUUUCCCUCAAGGCUUCAUCUUUGGAGCUGGAUCUUCCUCUUACCAGUUCGAAGGUGCAGCAACGGAAGGUGGCAGAGGAGCAAGUGUAUGGGAUACUUUCACCCAUAAAUAUCCAGCUAAGAUCCAGGAUAGAAGCAACGGAGACGUGGCCAUUGACUCCUACCAUCAUUACAAGGUUUGA